CCGCACGACGAUUUCGAGAAUGCCGCCCACGCCGUUCCUCUGAGCCGUCCACGUUUCGAGUCUGACGCAGAACCUGAUUUCUGCGAAGGAGUAGGAAUUGGCCGCCUUGGUGGUGGUGUUGACGGCGGUGCUGGCUCUGCUCAUACUCACCCGAAGGCGUCUGGGGAAGACACCCUCGGCACGCAACCCCUGCCGGAUCGUGCCAUAGAUGCCACGCUCGGACCCGCCCCUGGAGACGACCACGUUGACGGUGUCAGCGGUGAUAAAAGGUCUUGGGCCUUCUCACCUGCCCACCGCCCGUCCGGCCCUUCGCUCCUGUCCCAAGCCUUGGCCACGGCUCGCGGCAUCCCCACACCACACAACCAGCCGUCGUCGACACAGGCCCCCUCCCCCUUACACUACGACGCUCCCACCGCCGCCAACAUUUCCAGCGCCGGAAGAUCGGACACAGACUCACCCUUCUCUGCGGUGGAACGUGACGGUCCAGUCAGGACUACGGCCGCUAGCGGCACGGGCAGCAGCGGUACCGGCGAUAACGCACAACAUGCUUUCACACGCGUAAUAUCCCGUCCCGAUAAGGAGUCCGUCGACCCCCGCCCCUCUCCUCAUCCUCGACCCCCCUCGCCAACCUCGACCAUGACCGCCUGGGCUGCCACUUCGGCCGCCGUAUUGCCCACCCCGAACCGCGAUGCCGCCAGCCUCCCCCCUUCCCUCGAACAGCCUACCCGGGCCGAUGCCAGGCACGCACUUCUCGACCGUCGAGAUACUGUCGACCGCUCCCUCCCUAGAUCAUCUCUGUUCUUCGACACUGGCCGGCCCGCCACCGUCGACCCGGCCAAGCAUUACCCCGUCUCGCUGACAUUGAGUCCCUUGACAGCCCCGACCACUCCUACCGGCACCGACCAAUUCACGAGCGAGUCCCUCUCGCUCACCCAGGCCACAGACGACGCUCCCAAUGACCCCAGGCGAUUCGACGGCCGCCCUACGCCAUCCGAACACCGGCACACGUCGGAGAAGACGGAGAAGAUAUGGUCUAUCGGCUCCGGCUCCGGUCCCGAGGAGGAUGGACUGGUGGAGAAAUCAGUCGCCGAGGCAAUGGCCGGUGUCGAGCCCAACACCCGGAGCCGCAAGGCGAGCUACAGUCUGCGUUUCUUCAAGGAGGGCCUGCCGCCGGACGACAAGCAGCGCCGGCGUGAUACAAAGGGGGGUACGCGCGACAAGCUGCCGACGACGGCCGAGGAUGUAUCAAGGGACGACGCCAGGGCGCCCGACGCAGAUGAGCGGUCGGCACCCGUCCGGCAGCCACCCCGGAGCAGAGUAGAGCCUGACCCAUCUCUGCCGGCAGCUCCCGCCGAAGCAGAUGCCGCUUCCUUGAGUAGCGGCUUCGGCUCAGAGCAGCCCCCGUCCUUGACGGAGACGUCGGUGGAGGAUGAACAGCGUUCUUUUAACAAGCACCCCGCGUCGGACCAGUGCCCAUCUCUGACGGAUCACCAAGUCCAGGCCCACAGCCGCAGGGUGUCUGGCGACAGUGCCGAAGCCGCCCACCAAGAGGACGCCGAGGCUGAUGAGUCGGGCGAAGAAAAGAUCUCGUCGGCCAUCUUUGUGCCCCAUCACGAUCAUGAGCUCACAGACGUGCGUGCUGCUAGAGAGGGAGGUAGUCAUCCUGGGGGUCCCGGUCAGCGACCGCGGUCCCUAUCCCAGGACGAGAUUCACCCUUGGCUGGUCAAGGCUGAUGAGCCCGAACCCGAGGUUGACGAGGAGGAAGAAAGCAAGAGUAGUCAUCUGUCCCACUUCCGCUCCCGCGAGAGUCUCCUGUCCCAUCGUGCUGAGGUCCCUAGUGAGGCUGUGGAGGAGCUGCCCGUCGCCGACAGAGAGCUGGAGAUGACCGGCUACCCAGCGCAGCCCGCUGACGGCUCUGCGCAGCCAAUUGAGACCCCUGUCCGAGACCAUGAAGAGAAUGUUGCCCAGCCCUUGUCCGCCAUCGAGCUGAUACCGUAUAAGCAUCAAGUCGGUGGUCAUACGACGCUAUGGCGCUUCUCUCGUAGAGCCGUGUGUAAGCAGCUCAACAACAGGGAGAACGAGUUUUAUGAAACCAUUGAGCGAUACCAUCGUGACCUCCUGCCGUUUCUCCCUCGGUACAUUGGUGUCCUCAACGUCACCUUUCAGAAACAGCCACGGAGAAGAAGCACCAGCAAGAAGGACGACUCGGCCGCCGCUGCGGAGCGGAAGAAGGUGAAGGAGGCCAUCGUCGACAAGGGCCAGCCGGCCGGGACGCAACGCGUCAUCAGCCAUUCUCUAGCCAACCACGCCGGCUCACAGAUACCCACGGUCACCUUCAACGACAACCGACAUAUCCUCCCCCGAAACCUCCUACAACCAACCCCACCCCCCGAGGCCCUCCACCGCAAGAGCGCGUCCGUGGACCGGCCGUCGCACGCUCCAUCAGCGGCGAUCCCGUUCCAACGACCUCAGCUGGAAGACCGGCCGAACAGCUGGGGCGCGACGACGGUCAACAAGCGGCUACGUAACGAGGUGUUCAACGACGCGUUCCUCAAGGAGCCUAUCGAGGUCCACAGGCACCGCCGGCCCCACCAACGGUCCAUUCCCCGUCCAGCAUUGCAGCGCCUGCUGCGCACGUCCAACUCGGACUCGAACCUCACGGACGGAGCCACGGCGGCGGCUACUGCAGACGAGGACGGCGAGGCCCAGGCCCAGGCCCAGACCGCUGCCCCGCCAUCUGCCAAUACGAUGAGCGACCUGGGCACCGGCAACGGCUCCUUCGGCUCGGAACAGAAUGCGGACGACGACGAAUACGUCGCGGCCAAGGAUCUCGGGGGUACCAGCGCACCGGAGCCCGAGACGCUCAAGAACAGCCCUGUCGCCACUAAGAAGAAGCGCAGGUACUCUGCGGGCGGGCUCCGACGCAAGCCGGAGGAUGUACAGGACUCGAGGGGUCGCCUAAAGUACUUCGAAGAGGCGGACGAUGCCGGGUACAAGGGAGACACCGAGGGCGCGUCUGCGGCGCUGGACGCCGAGCAGCCCAUGUCGGGAUCCCAGAACGGGCAGCUCGUCGAGGAGCCCUCGGCCCUCUCUCCCGACGCCCCCUUCGCCAAGGUACCGCGACCGAUCAACCCGAAGGAAGCCAAGAUGCAGCGCGACAGGAUCGAGUAUUUUCUGCUGCUGGAAGACCUGACGGAAGGUAUGAAACGGCCGUGCAUGAUGGACCUCAAGAUGGGCACGCGGCAGUACGGAGUGGACGCGACGCCCAAGAAGCAGAAGUCGCAGCAGGAGAAGUGCCUGGCGACGACGUCGGCCGAACUGGGCGUGCGCAUCUGCGGCGUUCAGGUGUGGAACAGCAAGACGCAGUCGUACGAGUUCCAGGACAAGUACUUUGGGCGCGAGGUGAAGCCCGGGGCCGAGUUCCAGGCGGCGCUGCAGCGGUUCCUGUUUGACGGCGUGGACCUGCACAGCGUGCUGCGGCACAUCCCCAUGGUCCUCCGGAAGCUGGACCGUCUGGAGAAAAUCGUCAGGGGGCUGCGAGGCUACCGGUUCUACGCGGCCAGCCUGCUCAUGUUCUACGACGGGGACACUUCGGAGGAGCAGCAGCAGCAACCGUCGGCCGAGUACGAGACGGCCUACGAGUCCAUGACGGACGCGCCCACCGACACGGAGGAGGCGCCGCGGCGUAGGAAGAAGAAGAAGAACCGCCGGGAGAUCGACUUCAAGGUGGCCGACUUCGCCAACAGCCUCACGCCCCUAGACCGGUUCAAGGACCAGAAGUGCCCGCCCAACCACCCGGAUGCGCCCGACGUCGGCUUCCUCAAGGGUCUGCGCAGCCUGAGGCGAUACUUCCUGCAGAUCCAGAGGCAGGUCAGGGCCGAGCUGAACCUGAUUGAUAGGGGAGCCGCUAUUGACGAGCCGCUCAAGUUCGACACGGCGGAGGAUAGCCUCGACGAGGGGAUGGUCAGCCUCUAA